UUCACACGCCAGGGAUGGGCAAAGGGCGUGUCCUUCCCGCCAGGUAAUGACGCGAGGGCGGGAGGAGGGCGCACUCAUUAGAAGCAGAAAGACGACUGCACUUCCUCCCGCCAUCCUGGGACGGCCCGCUUCGCCUUGUGGCGGGACAAGGGGUGUUUUCCUGGGUCUCCUCGGGGCCAGCUGUGGCCAUGAGGCUUCUUCCUUGCUCCUGCGAGGGGCUUCUGACGUGGGCGCUGGUACUGCUCGUCUUGUCCGAGAGUCAUGGUGACUGCCCUGCUCCGCAGAUGCCCCCCUUUGCUACACUGGGUGACUCUGCAUUGAAUGAAAGCUACCCUGUUGGGACUACUCUGCGAUUCCGCUGUAUCCCAGGCUAUAUAUAUAUCACUGGAUCAAAGCCUACUAUUCAAUGUCUUAACGAUUCAACAUGGUCAGAAACUCCUACCUUUUGUGAAAGAAAGCAGUGCAAGAUUCCAGCUCUUGAAAAUGGCAAAGUAGAAUCCUCAGGUGACUUCCGGCUUGGUGAUGAAGCAAAAUUCAUCUGUGAUGGGGGGUACAGAUUAAUAGGCCCAGAUACUGCUCUUUGUGUUUUGUAUGAUGACAACACAGUUAACUGGGAUAAAGAAGGUCAAUACUGUGAACGAAUCCCUUGUGAACGGCCUCCCACAAUUUCCAACGGAACUCAUAACGGGGAUACGUAUGGUGAUCACUAUACUGUUGGCUCAGUGGUAACAUACACCUGCAACAAAGAUUUCUCCCUUAUUGGAGAUCCAGCUAUUGAGUGUGUAGUUACAGAAGAUGGCAGAAAUGGAAAAUGGAAUAGACCUGCACCUGAAUGUAGAGUGGUACAGUGUAGCAGACCGGAGAUCGAAAAUGGAAAGCUGACUAGUGGAUUUCAGGCUUCAUACCCAUAUGGCCAUAAGUUGCAAUAUGUAUGCAAUCCUGGCUAUACUGUUAUGGAGAGUGAAUUCAUUGAAUGUGUGGCCAACAGUUCGUGGCAUCCUGAUCCAAAAUGUGUCAAGGAGCCUAGUACCACAACUGUCCCUCUUCCUCCAGGAAGAAAUGAAACUUCAAGAACUACACCGAGUCCAGGUAUACCUGUUUCUACAGUUCACUCAGGAACUACACAGAGUCCAGGUGUAACUGUUUCUACAGUUGGCCCAGGAACUACACAGAGUCCAGGUGUAACUGUUUCUACAGUUGGCCCAGGACCUACACAGAGUCCAGCUACAGUUGACCCAGGACCUGACAGUGCCACAGUUGCUGUUGGAAAAUUAUCUCUGAUUGUGGCUCUUCUGAUUCUUAUCAUGUAAUCACAAGUCGAAGAAAAAUGAAGAUUCUGUACUUCUUGCACAGAAUUUCUACAAUAAAAUUUAGUACUUUCCAGCAGAUAUUGAAUUCCCCUUUGGUCUUCGCUCAAGAACUGGAAAUGGGGAUGGAGUAGAGAUCCACUGUGUUCAUAGUUGUAGAAAUUGUGUGAAUUUAUGCAUUUAGAGGAUGAAGGAUGGCCUAUUUAAUUACUGCCUUUCUGCCUCUUGGAGUAAUUCUUGGUCUCAGGAAAACCUUGUGCAUUUGCACUUUUGGCCUUGCAGAAUACCUUUUUAGUGCCAAAAUCAAAUCUAAAGGGAACUGGUUAUAUAUAUUCCUAGGAGGAGAUCCAUUAUCUGACUUUAAACAGGAUAUAAAAUGCUGUAACAGAAGUGUCAUAAGAUGUAACUAGGAAGUGUUGAUGCUUUUCUACCAGAAUGCUGUGGUCUAAAUCCAUUUAUUAGCUCCAGCAAGGGAAGACCCACUGAAUCAAUGAGAAUUUAGCAAGUCAAUAUUUAAUGUAAGUUUCAUUGAGCCUGUGGGACUACUCUGCUUGAAACUAACAACUGGAUUUCAGUCCACAUAUUGUCUCAAGGUUGCCCCAUAGAUGUCUCUUGAAGAAAUUGCAACAUAGCUAAUAAAAUCUACAGCUCUUCUGAAUUCCUCAGGACCUCUCAUGCAGAAUCAGCAUUAGCACUCUAGAGCCUUGUCUAUUUGUGUUGUUAUUUUUAUAAAAUUUGUACAAAAUUUACUUGGUUAAAUAAAGGGAAGAUGACGUCUGUAUAUAAAGGAAAAGAUAUUUAUUUGGAAAUGUUUGCUAGUAUUAAAUAAACAUAUAAUAAAAUACUUCAAGAAUCAA